AUGAGUCAAACAAUACAAGAUCAACCAUUACCACCAUUAGAACAAAUCCAACAUGUUUUAGAUACAUUGUUUACGAGUGGAGAUGCCAACUUGCAGAAUGAAGCGAAUCGAUGGUUGUUGGAAUUACAGUCACACCCACACAUAGCCAUGGUGUGUCUUGAUUUGAUAAAGAACGAUAGAUCAUACUAUUCACAGAUCUAUGGUAUUCAGACACUACACUCAAAGAUACAUCAGGAUUGGGAGUCUAGAUGGAAUGAAGAGUUUAGGUCACAGGUUAGAACCAUCCUAUUCUCCAAGUUUUUGACUGAUGACAAUAACCUUAAUCAAUUGAUCUAUUCCAAGAUUUGUUUAUGUAUUGCUGCAAUUAUGAUUCAUAGUAUACCAAAACUAUGGGAACAUCCAAUAGGUGAUUUGGUUGCAUUAUUGGGAUCAAACCAAACGAGUGAACGUGUUAAAAAGGGAGCUAUUGACAUUCUAACCGUGUUGCCACAAGAGUUUGGCAAUGUUGUAUUGUCCAAUGCCAGAUGUCUGGCUGUCAAGGAAUACUUUAUACAACGAUCUGAACCUGUCAUCUAUCUAUUAUCAAGUUCACUUGAACAUUCAGAUAGACCAACCAAACUAUUAAUUCUAAAGUGUAUUUCUUAUUGGAUCGAUUAUACAAAUUCAAAGGUUGUUGAAACAGGAAAUGUAUUAAAUAAUAUAUUUCAAGCAAUUGAAGAUGAUGAGUUAUUCCCAGAAGGAAUUAGUUUGCUUAAUGAUAUGAUCAAUUUCCAUACCUAUCGUUCACCAUUUUCCGAAAAGGAACCUGCCAAUGCCACCAACAUUCAUUCAAGUGAUGAACUUAAUUUUAGAAAAUUAAUCAUACCAAUCAUCAACAAAUUAGUCUCUAAAAAAGAUUUAUAUGUUAGAUCUGAAAAAAAUGAUAAUAUAGUUAUAUGUAGAUCAUUUGCAGAAAUAUUUUCACAAAUUGUAGAGUGUUAUACACCUAUAAUGUUACAAGUAGAUAGAAAAGAGGUACAGAUGGUGAUUGAAUUUUUAAUGGAAAUUUGUUCUCACAAGGAAAAGGAACUUUCUGAGCUUACAUUUGAUGCCUGGAUCUAUAUGGGCGAGCAUAUUGUUUCGAUGGAUCCAGAUGCAAUUUCAGAUUCCUACCAGAAUCUUUAUGCUCACUUGUUGACAAAGAUUCUCCAAAAAUCAUCAUUCCCCACAAAUGUUGAAAAGGUUGACUUUAACAGUGAACUUGCUACCGAUAUCUCAGCAUAUCGUGCCAAUGCAGGUGACAUUGUCCUUAGUUGUUUCGAAAUCAUUCAACCUCAAGUAUUUUUCAUUUACAUUGAAAACAUUUUAAAAAAUAAUUGUAAUAAUUGGCAAUCAUUUGAAGUUGUAAUUUAUUUAUUUAGAUGUGUUCAUUCAGAGGUUUAUGAAGAUGAUCAAGGUGCAGCAAAUAUUAUAUCUCAUAUCUUGACUUUACCAGCUCAUCCAACUCUCAGUAUCUCUAUUUUGUUAAUGAUCCAAGAAUAUGGCGAUUAUAUUUACAAGAGUGAAGAUCUUUUAAAUCCUGCAUUUUCCUACAUAUUAUCUUUAAUUCCAAAUAAUGAUGUUAGAGUUGUUGCUUUAAAAACAUUACGUAUUUAUAGUCAAGCUUAUGGUGAUAGACUUUACCAAAAUAUUGACAAUUCAAUGACAAUAUGGGAGAAUAAUCUUACCUCUUUUUCAAUUGACGAACAAAAAGAUUUCAUUGAAUCGAUUCUAUUCCUAUCUUCAUACACUACCGAAGAUAAAAUACCAACUAUUCUCCAAAAGACUCUUACACCUGUUAUCGUUCAACUCAAAAAUGCACUUGCUUUUAAUGCUCCACCACUUCAAAAAAGUGUAUUAAUUAUUGAAAGAUUAUCAUUAUUACAAUCAUCUCUAAAGAUCCCAGAUGAUUAUAUGUCAAUAUUUAAAGAUUAUGUAAAUAAUAUAUGGCCAUUGUGUGUUGGUGCACACCAAUAUUCAAAAGAACACCAUGAUUCCAAUGUUUCAGAGGCAUUGUGGAAGGUUUUAUGGAAGAUAAUGAAAGAGAUGGGCAAUGAAGAAUUUAACCUUGAACAAAUAUUUGGAUUUAUUCUACAAGACAUCUCUACCCUUUCAACCAUUAGUCAUUCUUGUGUAGAAACGAUUAAUCUUUUAACAAAAAAUUUCUCGUCCAAUCAAAAGUACCAAAAUCAUUUUACCAGUCUUGUCAAUCAAUUAUCUUUAAAAUCACUUCCACUUAUUUCACUUCAAAAUAAUGAUAGUAUGACAGUAAUAUCAAGAUUUUAUAGUAUAAUGGCAAAUGUUUUACAAUAUAAUCCACAGAUAUUUUAUAAUAUACCCCAGGUUGUUAAUAUUGUCGAAUUGGCAAUUGUGGCAAUCACAAACACUGAAAAGGAUUCAGUCAUGAGGGUAAUGGAAUUUUUAAAUCUACUUUUCAUCCAAUCCAAUAGUGUUCAAGAAACCCUUUCCAAACAAUACGCUUCACACAUUCUAAAAAAUAUCCUACAAGCCAUCGUUCAAGAUCGUUUUAAACAUAUGACUGCCUAUUUUGCAAAUUUAUUAAGACAGUGGAUCGAUAAAUAUAAAGAAGAACCAACGCCAUCAAUUAUAAGAGAAAUAUUUUCAAAUGCCAAUUGGAUACCGACAGAAGUUUCAAAGGAAGAAAGAGAUAGAAUUGCAAGAUUAAUUAUUGGUAUUUCAAAUCCUCAUAGAUUCAAGGUACUAGUCAGCGAUUUAAUUGAUGCUUGUGAUAUGGUUAUUACUUUCCAAACAAAUAAUAAUAAUAAUAAUAAUAAUAAUAAUAAUAAUAAUAAGCAUACGAUAAAGAAUAUGAAUCCAUAA